GUUAUGAGAAAAAAAAUGGAUCAAGAGAAAGGAUCUACAGCUAUGGAAAAGAAGAAGAAGAAUAAGAGUUUAAGGUCCAUUUUCAUGCAUGCAGAUGGUGUAGAUUACUGUUUAAUGGGUGUUGGGAUGAUGGGAGCCAUUGGUGAUGGAUUUUUUACACCUGCUGGGAUUUAUAUGAUUGGUAGCAUGUUCAACAAUGUUGGUGGUGCUUCAGCAGCGCAGAUGAUGCUUAUCCACAACGUUAACCAGGUUGCAUUGUCUCUGGUGUAUUUAGCCUGUGGGGUAUGGAUUGCAUCAUUCCUAGGUGGGUUUAAUGGAUAUUGUUGGACAAGAACAGCUGAAAGACAAGCCACAAGAAUGAGAGCCAGAUAUUUGAAAGCAGUGCUAAGACAAGACAUAAGCUACUUUGAUUUUAAUGUAACCAGCACAGCUGAAGUCAUCACAAGUGUUUCUAAUGAUACUCUUAUAAUUCAAGAAGUUAUCAGUGAAAAGGUCCCACACUUUCUGUCAAAAGCCUUUGCUUUCCUUGGAAGUUACACAGUAGCUUUCCUGAUGCUAUGGAGAUUAACUAUUGUGGUGUUUCCUUUUGUUUUGCUUCUGGUGAUUCCUGGUUUGAUAUAUGGGAGGAUUUUAAUGAAUAUAGCUGGGAAGAUGAGGUUAGAGUACAACAAGGCCAACACAAUAGCAGAACAAACAAUAUCUUCCAUCAGAACUGUUUAUUCCUUUGUUGGAGAAAACAAAGCCAUUACUGAGUUCUCUGCAGCUCUAGAAGGAUCUCUGAAGUUGGGGUUGAAGCAAGGGUUGGCUAAAGGAUUGGCCAUUGGCAGCAAUGGUGUUACUUUUGCAAUAUGGGCAUUUGUUACUUACUAUGGUAGCAGAAUGGUCAUGUACCAUGGAGCUCAAGGUGGAAGUGUUUACAUUGUUGCUGCCUGCAUCGCAAUUGGUGGACUGUCCAUCGGUUCUAGUUUAUCCAACCUAAAGCCCAUAUCUGAAGCAUGUGCAGCUGGAGAACGUAUUACUGAAGUGAUUAAGAGAGUUCCCAAGAUUGAUUCAGACAACAUGGAAGGUGAAUUAUUGGACAACGUUUUAGGGGAAGUUGAAUUUAAACACGUUCAAUUCGCGUAUCCAGCAAGGCCUGAAAACUUAAUUUUCAAGGAUUUUUGCCUCAAAAUUCCAGCAGGAAAAACUGUGGCCUUAGUGGGAAGUAGUGGCUCAGGAAAAUCCACCCUGAUAUCACUGUUGCAAAGGUUUUAUGAUCCACUUGGGGGAGAAAUUAUUCUUGAUGGGGUUUCCAUUAAUAAAUUGCAGAUCAAGUGGCUAAGAUCACAAAUGGGGCUGGUGAGUCAAGAGCCUACACUUUUUGCAACUACAAUCAAGGAGAACAUACUUUUUGGCAACGAGGAAGCUGAAAUGGAAGAGAUUAUUGAAGCUGCCAAAGCUUCCAAUGCCCAUAAUUUCAUAUCCCAAAUGCCACAGAAAUAUGAUACUCAGGUAGGUGAGAGAGGCCUUCAAAUGUCAGGAGGACAGAAGCAACGAAUUGCCAUAGCUAGAGCAAUAAUCAAAGCACCCCGGAUCCUCCUCUUGGAUGAGGCAACAAGUGCAUUAGACUCUGAAUCUGAACGAGUUGUUCAAGAAGCACUAGACAAUGCUGCCAUUGGUCGUACUACUAUUAUCAUUGCUCACCGCCUUUCUACCAUUCAACAUGCAGAUUUAAUUGCAGUUGUUCAAGGUGGCCAAGUCCUGGAGAUUGGAUCACACAAUGAACUAAUGGAAAAUAAAAAUGGCUUCUAUACCACACUUGUCAAUCUUCAACAAACAGAAAAAGAAAAAUCCCCAGAAGAAACAGAUAGAGAUUUAUCCACAUAUGCCUCAUCAUAUAUAACAAACGCAGACGCCAACAAUACUAGCUGUCGUAGACUUUCAUUACUUAGUCGUUCAAGUUCUGUGAAUUCAGUAGCACCAAGUCAUGCAUCACAAGACGGAGAUAUCAAAGUUGAGGAUCAUAAAACUUCUGCAUCUUUUGGAAGAUUGUUGGCUUUGAAUUUACCAGAAUGGAAACAAGCAAGCUUGGGAUGCUUAGGAGCAAUUUUGUGUGGUGCAAUUCAACCGCUUUAUUCUCUCACAGUGGGGUCAAUGAUAUCACUAUUCUUUCUUACAGAUCACGAUGAGAUUAAAGAGAAGACAAGGAUUUAUGCAUUAUGUUUUUUUGGAUUGUCAGUGUUUUCAUUGAUAACCAAUAUCAUUCAGCAUUAUAAUUUUGCUUACAUGGGUGAACAACUGAUGAGGAGGAUUAGAGAGAAAAUGCUUUCACAGAUACUGACAUUUGAAGUUGGGUGGUUUGAUCUAGAUGGGAAUUCCAGUGGUAUCAUUUGCUCUAGACUAGACAAAGAUGCCAGUGUGGUGAGAUCUUUAGUGGGUGAUAGAAUUUCCCUCCUUCUGCAAACCAGCUCAGUAGUGACCAUAGCUUGCACCAUGGGCUUAAUCAUUUCAUGGAGGCUCGCCCUUGCCAUGAUAGCUGUCCAACCUCUUAUCAUCUUUUGUUUCUACAUUCAAAAGGUUCUACUCAAAUACAUGUCCAAGAAAGCCAUCGAAGCCCAAGAAGAAAGCAGCAAGCUUGCUUCUGAUGCAGUGUCCAACCACCGUACAAUCACUGCUUUCUCGUCUCAGGACAGGAUUCUGAAAAUGCUUGAAAAGGGCCAAGAAGGUCCAAGACGAGAGAACAUUCGACAAGCAUGGUUGGCAGGUGUUGGUCUCGGCACCUCUCAAUGCCUUACAGCAUGUGUUUUGGCCUUUGAUUUUUGGUAUGGUGGCAAACUCAUCUCUCAAGGUCAUAUUACUCCAAAAGCCCUCGUUGAAACGUUCUUCAUCUUAGUUAGCUCAGGCAUUGUCAUAGCUGAUGCUGCAAGCAUGACAUCGGACUUGGCCAGGGGCUCUAAUGUUAUUGGAUCCUUGUUUGCUAUAUUAGACAGAUAUUCAAGCAUUGAACCCGAAGAUUCCAAUGGUUACUUUGCAGAAAAAAUUGCAGGAAAUAUAGAAAUUUGUAGCAUUGAUUUUGCAUAUCCAGCUAGGCCUAAUCUGAUCAUCCUCAAAGACUUCUCGAUCACCAUUGAAGCUGGGAAAUCAACAGCAUUUGUGGGACAAAGUGGAUCUGGAAAAUCAACUAUCAUUAGUUUAAUUGAGAGAUUUUAUGAUCCUCUCAAAGGAUUAGUGAAGAUUGAUGGUCGAGAUAUAAGGUCAUACAACCUAAGGUCGUUGAGGAAACACAUAGCACUUGUUAGCCAAGAGCCGACGCUAUUUGCUGGCACAAUAAGGGAAAACAUUUUAUAUGGAUCAUCUGAUAAAACCGAUGAAUCUGAAAUCAUUGAAGCAGCUAAAGCAGCCAAUGCACAUGAUUUCAUUGCAGGCCUGGCAGAUGGUUAUGAUACAUGGUGUGGAGACAGAGGAGUGCAGCUAUCUGGGGGUCAGAAGCAACGGAUCGCCAUAGCCCGAGCCAUACUGAAAAAUCCAUCAAUGCUAUUGCUAGAUGAAGCUACCAGUGCACUUGACAGUCAAUCUGAGAAAGUGGUACAAGAGGCAUUAGAGCGUGUGAUGGUGGGGAGGACUAGUGUGGUUGUGGCACACAGGCUAAGCACCAUUCAAAACUGUGAUCUCAUUGCAGUGUUAGAUAAAGGGAAAGUAGUGGAGAAAGGAACCCAUUCAUCUCUGUUGGCCAAAGGGACAACAGGAGCUUACUACUCUUUGGUCAGUCACCAAAGAACACCACACAGCAGUUCUAAUUCUAAUAAAGCCAACUAA